AUGGCCGCCGGUCCGCUUCCAGAAGGAGCGGCAAGUUUCCGUCUCCUUCCUCCCCCUUCGCCUUUUUAUUUGCUCGAUCAGGUGGCCGGCGACAGUGGCAGAGAGAGAGGGGAAGGCGACGGCGGAGAUGGAGAUGAGGCGGUGGAGGGAGGACGUGGUGGCGCUGUCGCUGCGCGGGUGCGGCUUCGGCGACGGGGACGACGACGACGACGACCGGCCGGAGAAGCCGCGGCGGUACGGGGUGACGGAGAUGAGGAGCCCCCUCUACGCCUUCCGCCCCGCCCGCCACGCGCUGCAGGAAAUAUUGGAUUCUCUAAGUCCCUUUGUUGAUGGUUUGAAGUUUACUGGUGGAUCUCAUAGUUUGAUGGGAAAAGAACUGGUUAGAGAGAUUACUGAUUUAGCACACAAGCAUGACAUAUAUGUGAGUACAGGCGAUUGGGCAGAGCAUCUUCUGCGGCAAGGACCUUCUUUUUUUAAGCAAUAUGUCGAGGAGUGCAAGGCACUAGGAUUUGACAACAUUGAGCUUAAUGCUGGAUCUCUCAAGCUCCCAGAAGAAGCUCUCCUUAGAUUAGUCAGGCUCAUCAAGACCAGCGGUUUGCGAGCAAAGCCCAUUUUCUCACUGAAGUUUGACAGUUCUGAUAUUCCUCCAUCGGGAGAUAGGGCAUUUGGGGCAUACAUAGCUCCAGUGAAGCAGAGUUCAGAAAGAGUUGAGAAUGUUGACCUGUUGAUAAGGAGGGCCGAGAGGUGCUUGGAAGCAGGCGCAGACAUGAUCAUGAUCGAUGCCGACGACAUUUGCCAGCGCGCUGACUCUCUACGGGCAGACAUCAUCGCCAAGAUCGUAGGCCGGCUUGGGCUCGAGAAGACCAUGUUCGAGGCAUCCAACGCCAACACCUCCGAGUGGUUCGUCAGAAGAUACGGGCCACGGGUAAAUCUCUUCGUGGACCACUCUGAUGUGAUGAACCUGGAGCGUCUCCGAGGCUUCAACAUGCGCGGAAGCAGCAACUCUCCCUUGCUCGGAAUCGGCUCGCCCUUCUUCCUGAUGUGAAGAGACCUUCUUGGGUUCUCCUGAUGUAACGACCUUUCUGAAUUCUGCUGCGUGUCCUUUUGCGCAUGUAAUAAUGUUUGUCUUGUGUGCACAUGGUGGUGAUAAAGGUGAUGUCUUCCUGCACCUUGAAUAACCAGAUGAUGUGUAGUAUUUGUCUAUGGGAUAUAGUAUCUACUAGAGACAGAUUACUCGUGUAUCCUGUGUGCAAUUAGCAAUAUACAGAUUCGUUCAUGCUGUA